AUGGAUCUACUAUCGCAGCGUUCGAUGCAUGCCGAGCCUCUGCUCUCACUCAUCCUCAGCCAGCAUGAGCACUAUCCGGGAGAAAAGCACUACAAUGCGCUCAAGAAGCGCAACGCCUUGGUCUCUCGCCAAGACGACGACGGCGAGCACCUGCCGACAGCUGCAGAUCUUUACAUCAAGUCGCUCCCUGGCUUACCCUCAAACUCGACUCUACAGAUGUGGUCGGGCGAGAUCCCUUCGCAGCCUCUCGAUGCGGAAAGCGAAAAGACAGAUGCACACAUCUUCUUCCUGCUCGUUCGCAACCGCCAUAUAGCCGACAAAGAACGUCUCGUCAUCUGGUUCAACGGGGGUCCUGCUUGCUCCUCUUUCGAUGGAGCGCUCAUGGAAGUCGGUCCAGUACGCGUGCAGCCCGGUGGCGACGCGCUCAGGGAAGUGGAUGAUGCUUGGAACACGUACGCCAAUGUCCUGUUCGUCGAUCAGCCCCCGGGAACGGGCUACAGCUACGUCAGCACUGACAAAUAUCUUCACGAGCUUGACGAUGCAUCCAAUCAUCUCAUAUCGUUUCUCAAGUCGUUCUAUGAGAUCUUUCCGGAGUAUCGAGCAAUGGACACGUAUCUCGCAGGCGAAUCCUUCGCCGGCCAAUAUAUACCCUACUUUGCAAACGCUAUUCUACAGACGACUUUGAUACCCACGCGGUUGCAGGGUCUGCUAAUAGGCAAUGGCUGGAUUGAUCCCUACGCUCAAUACUUGUCCUAUCUCGACUUUGCCUACGAGAACAAGAUCAUUACCAAGGGUAGCGAGGGAGCAGGACUCGUAGAAGAGAAGCAUAACGCUUGCAAUGAAUCACUGCAGCGCAAGGGGAGAGAUAGCUUGCACAUACACGAGAACGACUGCGAGCCAAUCCUGAGUACGAUACUGGGCACGACGAGACAGACGGUGAACGGAAAGACAAUGUGCAUCAAUACCUACGAUAUCAGACUAACAGACGAAUAUCCGUCAUGCGGCAUGGGAUGGCCAAGCGAUCUGAAAGACCUCUACAAGUACUUGCCACGAGAGGAUGUCAAAUCUGCCUUUCAUGCGGGUUCCAAGGACGGCGCUUGGGUCGAGUGCAGCGGUCCGGUUGGUACCAACUUCCACGCUCACAAGAAUAAGCCGUCUAUCACUCUCCUGCCAAAGCUUCUCGAGCAGAUUCCGAUCUUGCUCUUCUCUGGCGAUCAAGAUUUGAUCUGUCAUCAUCUUGGUACAGAGCGCUCCCUGGCAGAUAUGACGUGGAAUGGUGCCCAAGGGCUAGAUGGCGCAGAGGCCCAGAGCUGGUGGGUAGACGGCAAGCCAGCAGGCACCUGGACAGAAGCUCGCAAUUUGACCUAUGUCCUCGUCGCCAACGCAUCUCACAUGAUUGGCGUCGACGUGCCAGUGCCGUCGCAUGAUAUGCUGUUGCGGUUCCUCGGUGCUGACCUGAUGUCGGCUGCUGGCUCUGCGGCCCGUGUACCGAGCAGAAUAGGCGACGAGCAGGAAGCCAUCAUCGGUGAAAUCAAACCAGACGGCAGCACGCUCAAUGUGACAGCCGAUGCUACUUCGAGCAGCAACGGUGCGACCAUCAGCGAUACCUCUUCCUCGCAACGACCCGAAGCAGUCUACAAUGCCGGCUCAGCUGCUGUGAUUCUGCUCAUCGUCGCUGCUGCAGUCGGCGCAUUCUGGUGGAUGCGCGGCAAACGCCCGCAGAUCCAUCGCAACGGCGUGGGCUCCUACAAGGAUACGGGCUCUGAUCUUGGGACGCCAUAUCGCAACAGUAUGCAAAGUAAUCGCGCUUCGCGGUACCUUGCGAGCAAGAAAGGCAAUCUCGCUACAAUCAGCCAAGAAGGCGACGAUCAGCACGAGCUAGAUGAAUUGGUGAUACACCAAGAAGAUCGCUCGAAUCCUCACGAAUCUACUGAUCAACUCCAACGGCAUAACGUCGGCGGCGGAGAGACGCUGUUUGCGCUUGCGGACUCCGACGAGGAAGGGGACAUCGGUCGUGAAGACGAGAGGUAA